CACCAUAAACAAGUACGAGCGAUCAAGCGAGCAGCAGGCCGUUAGAAUGGACGAGGCUUGUUCCCUUUUCCGACAAGGCGUCACGUCAGUUUUUAAGCAGUGGAUGGUUCUCCACCUUGCCGUGACCAAUAAUUGGGGUGGCGGCGACAGCUACCGAAAAGCCACCUUGCUCUUGGAGGAAACCUUGCGCCUUUUCGUCCCUCCCCCCCUCGCUCGAACCGCCCACCGACCCAAGAAACUCCCCACGCCUGAGGAACUCGAGGAAAAAUUGGGGGACUACAUGGAGGAGCAAUUUGGAACGCUGGUGGAGGACGGGAGCUUGGAAGAAGUGAGUGCCUGGGUGUGUAACCUCUGGGAGGAGUGCAAGGAGGGAAGGAGGGAGGGGGUGACGAAGGUGAGGCCGCCGUGCUGA